CGUCAUUGCAGUGCGCCGGAUGUUCGGCGUGUGCUGAGCUGGAUAUGAUCGGAAGAGAUGGCGUCUAAAGGAAAAGUCGGGACGAAGGGGAAGAAGCAGAUUUAUGCGGAGAACAAAGAGACGCUGAGCUUUUACCUUCGAAUCCUUCUGGGGGCCACUGCUUUAUAUGGAGCCGUCAGUCUGGGGUUCUUCUACAGUUCAUCCACCUUCUGGAGCUGGGUCUUCCUGGUGUUCAGUGCACUUGUGUAUGCAGUAGCAUAUCGCUCCAUGCGGGGGAUGGCCCAAGCAUCCUUCUCAGAAGAUGGAACCUUGCUGGAUGGAGGAAUUGACUUAAACAUGGAGCAAGGAAUGGCUGAACAUCUGAAGGAUAUGGUGCUGUUGACGGCCAUUGUGCAGGUUCUGAGCUGCUUUUCUCUCUAUGUCUGGUACUUCUGGCUGCUGGCUCCCGGACGGGCUCUGUAUCUGCUUUGGGUGAAUGUACUCGGCCCCUGGUUUACAGCAGACUCCUCCUCCUCAUCCUCCACCGUCCCACAAGAACAAAAUGAGAAACGCCAGAGACGCCAGGAAAGACGGCAGAUGAAACGUUUCUGAUGGUGCAAUAGAAGUUGUGGAAGAAAUGUAUUUUUAAUAUGACUGUGUGCUCCGAUCUGGGACCUGGAGCGGUUCUGGUAACAGACCAUGUUACAGCUGUGCUA